GGCGUCACGGGCGGCGCAGAGCGUUUGGUGCCGGGAAGCGCCGAGCUACGACGGGAAGGGCCGGGGGGAUCCGCGUUUUGGGACCGGGAGGUUCGUCUCCCUUCGUGGAGGGGUCACGUAGGUCCAGAAAAGCCCAGGCCUGUGCCUGCAGGUGUGGGGAUGAGUCAGGGAUCGCGGGGUGUGGAGGUGCGGUUCCUAAAGUUUGGCUCUGCGGUGGAAAGACGUACGUUUAGGAGUGUGUGGGAAGGGCUGAGCUGUGCCAUCCUGCAGCUACACCGGAGCCACGUCUGUUCGUUUCCCUUUAGCAUCAGUCUUACAAGGAAAGUUUACUUUAGAGCUCACCACAGACCUCUGGAUACAGACUAAUUAGAAUUAACUGAAGAUGUUUCCCCGUUGCAUUAAACUCUGGCCCUAUCCUGCCUGCAUCAGAAUCCUGAUAACGCCUCCGUAUCUGUCUGCCCUGUUCCUGAGUCAGACACGGUUGCCAAAUGGAUGCCAGAGACAAGCAGCUUUUGCGCUCCCUGCGCCUGGAGCUCUGCACAGAGGUGCUGGUGGAUGGACUGGUUAUUCAGUAUCUCUACCAAGAAGGCAUUCUCACCGACAGUCAUGUUCAAGAAAUAAAAUCCCAAACCACCAGCCAAAGGAAAACCAUGAUGCUCCUUGAUAUUCUUCCUACUAGAGGACCCAAGGCUUUUGAUGCAUUCCUGGAUUCCUUACAGGAGUUCCCAUGGGUUAAGGACAAGUUGAAGGUGAAGCGUAAGGAAAUGACGGUACAAGAUCCUGCAGAUGCAACCGAAAUUGCCCCAUGUAUUUUGAAGAGUUCACCGACAGAUCAGCAGAUGAACAAGCUUGCGAGGAGACUGGGACCCGAAUGGGAGCAUAUUGUUCUGUGCUUGGGUUUGUCCCAUACUGACAUCUAUCGAUGUAAAGUCAAUCACCCUCACAACGUUCAGUCACAGAUAGUAGCUGCGUUUGUCCUGUGGAGACAGCGUUUUGGGAAAAGUGCAACAAUCCAAAGUCUGCAAGCCAGUCUGAUGGCAGAAGAAGUGGAUCCUUCUGUGAUGCGGUACAUGCUUGAGUAAAGCCUUGCUAUUCAUCGGAAGCUUUCAAGUACUUUGCUAAGCUGAGCACAUCACUGAGACGAGUUGAAGAUCUGGUGCAUCAAACUGGCAAAACUGGGGUUGAGAACUGUGAUUUUAUUAAGUUUCUGCAUUUCAGCUUUCUGUGGCACCUUGUGACUUAUAAUUCUUUUCAUGCCAAAUUUCUUUUUAGCAGGCAUUAAAAAAUGGAUCGCUCUUUCCUCUUUCUUUGCUCUUAUACUAUUCCAGUGGGGAUACAGGGUGACAUGUAAAGUCCUUGCACUCAGGAGGCCCUGCAGUGAGUUCAGCAAGGUUUUCUGUUUCACUGUGGGAGAAACACUUGAUUUAACCUGUUUUCUGGACUAUGGAUUAAGAGCCUUUUUUCUGCUGCUCCAUGCUAGUUCCCUGAUAUCCCAGUAAGAAAAGAGAAUAAUCACUGUUACUAAUGCAACGAUUAUGCAGCAGGUACUGCAGGUUUCACAUUUGUCAGACCUAGCACAUAGCAUUUCCUGUUUGGGUAGAUGGCUGCCACCUUACUCUACCUUUCAAACUGGUCCUAAGAGAAAGUACCAGGAAUCUGGUGUGCCUGUGAGAUGUUCUCCCAUUGUAAUUUAAUAGGUGUAGGUUUCUCGAAGGAGGCGGGCACUGUGUAUGUGUGUUGUCUCUAAGUGCAGCAUCUCUGCGAAGAUAUGCAGCAGGAAAGUGACCAGAGGAUAGACAGAGAGGGUGUCUAAGAAAUGAGAUGACUUCUAAGUUUCCCAUCUUUGUCUCAUCUAGUAAACUGGAAGAUAAACUGGUGUCUGCUCAGUCCUUCUACUAUAGCAUUUAUGCAAUGGCAACAGAAGCGGCCAGCUGCUCUUCGAGACCUGAUGGCAAGAGGCUAAAUACAUGUUAAUUCUUUAUGGGCACUUUACUGUACUGUAAAUGAGGAACAAUGUUUGAGUGCAGGGUUUCCAGGUCUAUUUAUGAGCAAGUUCUGCUAGACCAUUUCAUCUAUACAGAGUCAUUGCCAAAUAACUUCCCAUCCUACAGGAUCUGCUCCAUAUAAUUUAACAGCUUAACAGGCUUGUCAGAAUUCUUUACUAGGGAAAGAAUGAGCUUUAUUGCCUUUUUUUUCUUUUUUAAUUCUUCCUCUACUCUGAUUUUUGAAGCCAUUUCCCAAAGGUGGGAAAUCAGGAAAAACAAGGACAUUUUCAGGAGUUGCUGUCUGCCUUGCUUUUCAGAAGCAUGAAAAGAGAAAACAUGUCCUGGCAAUUCCUGCAGGUCCCAAAGCAAUCUGGUAGUAGUCUUCUGCGUACAGUUUUCACCUUCAGUAAAUCAUGAUCCUGUUAUACCUCACUCGGAUCUUAAUUAAUCAUAUCCUAUUACAGCUAUUUACAGAGUCUAAGUCUAUCAACAAGUCCCAAAUAAACAGUUUAAAUCAUUUUAGGCCAUGUUACUUAUUUUACUAGUUCACGAUUUGUUGAAAAGCAUCUUAGAGGUAUACAGAGGCAUUUGGCAAAUUCUCAUAGAGCAAGGAGUGUGAGGACUCUGAACCUGUUCUGCCAUGGGAUGAGCACCGGCGUGACAUGCGUGUUAGGGAAGAGGGGCAGAGCGGUGUCCUUGGCAGCGGCUUGGAGGGAGAUGUGGAGCAGGACGAACUACUGAAAACAUGGCUUACAGGAGGAAGGCAGAUCCCAGUCACAUAAAUGCAAGGACCUUAUCUUGUUCUGAGCCAGCAUGGGCCAAGUCUGAACGCAGACUGGUGGCAUGGGGCGCCAUCCCCAGUUAGCCCAGCCUGAAUGCAGCAAUAUGACCAGUCCUGCGGUGAAGCAAUACGAUGGGUGGUGCACUCGCAGGGUCCUGCUACUUUCUUUUCUGCACAAAAUUUGGAUUUUGUGUUCUUCUUUUAUAACGCCAAUGUCAGACUAUGCUUAACUAUAUUUAGAGCAUUUUAAAGAAAAGAGCUUGGAACAGGUAUGAAGUCUCAUGCCAAAGAAGUCUUCCUAACCAGUCAGGUAUCCUGACAAAGCACCUAAUUCAUAAUUUAUAGCUGCUUUCACGUUCCCAGGCCCAAAAUUAAUGCUGUAAUACUUGAGCUGCAAAUAUCGAAGGGAGAGGUUUACUUGUUUUAUGAGACUGUUUCCAUUGCUGUUAUUUUUAAAUUCAUGGAAAUGUUUCUAUUAGACUCUUCAGUUUUAUUAAGGCUUGUUUUUGCACCACACAAAUACAGGGACACAUUAAACUUGACAGUAGUAUUCCUUUAACCCAGUGGAUUUUUCCAUCUACUUAAAAAUAUUUUUCUUCUGUAUGUAAUGCUUUAUUUUACACAAGGAUGUAAUUAAGACAAUUUAAUUCUUCAGAUGUAAAGCAACGCCUCUCAUUCUCUCUUAGCACAGCCAAGAGAUCUUAAAAUGUUUAUUCUUCUCUGGCUAAUUUGGGAGCAAAUGUUACUCGUUUAAAUGUCACUCUGAGGCAAGCUUGCAACUCGAGCAUUGUUCAGGGGGAGGCAGCUCCAUCCGCGAGUGUCCCCAUCUCUGCCUUCACGCUUUGGGUGACAACCCAGGGCUGGCGGGGACUGCACCCUGCCCUAGAGCCAGUGAUGGGAACAGCCCCCACAGUGGUCACCUCGCCUGGUGGCACUUCAAGUGUUUUCGACUGUGUUCUGCUUUCUAAGCUGAAGCCAAAAAAGGCUUUUGAGUGCAACCGGUGUGAUUGCUCUAUACUUGUUUGCGGCAGUGUUUAGGUGCCCUGCGAGAGGAAAGCAAAGGUGGCCCCUGGGUCUUCUGCAGAAAUGAAUGGCUUGACUUCUAGCCCUUGGAAUAAGCAGCCAUUGGUUUUCUUCCUUGGCCUAUAAAGGAGAUGCUGAGAUCCCAUUUAACUCUCUUCGGUGGUAAGUAGUCUUUAUAAAAACUGUUUUGUACUCGGUGAGUACAGGCAGACUCUUAGCAUAGCAAUAAGAAAGGGCUAAGAGCAGUACUUCCCACCUGCACAGAGCAACAUGGAUUAUCACAAAGGAAGGACCUCAUGACCCCAUGGAUUAGGCUUCACAUUGCCCCAAACAGUGGCUAGAGUGUAGAGGAGAUGUAAAAUGCAGUCAUCUUUGAGCUGCUCCUCCAAGAUGAUGCGGGGGAAAUUUCCAUCUUGAGUCAUAUAUUACAACAGACAUCGAUCUGUGGAAUAAAACAUUUUGCUGAAGGCUGGAAAAACAAACAAAACUCACAUUAUAUUCAAAGAAUAUAAAAGGCAUACUGAUCUUACUCUAAAUAUGGUCAUGCUGCCAAUUUUGUUUCUUACUGGAAAUAAAAACAAGCUCUGAGAGCUCAUCUAUUUAUAA